AUGUAUCUAGUCAAAGCUUUUGUGUUUACUUGUCUUUUACUAAUUAAGUUGGACAGGAGUGAGAGCAUAAAAGUAAGAAAUCAAUUUGAUGAUGCAGAUGCUAAUAAUCUUGUAGCUGUUGUUCAGAUUUACCGUCACGGAAGACGAACUCCGUACUCAUUUUACAAAAAUGAUCCCCAUGUUAAUUCAUCAGAGUGGGAGGGACUUGGUGACCAACAACUUUUGAAUGAAGGAAAACGUGAACACUAUCUGCUUGGUCAAUUUACAAGACAGCGGUAUGCCGACUUUUUACCGGAAAGGUACGACAAAGAUGUAAUAAUGGCGUAUACAACAAACGCUGACACAACCCACAUGUCAGGUCAAUGCAAUCUUUAUGGAUUGUUUCCAGCAAAACACGAUCAGAUUUGGCAGGAGAAUCUACCAUGGCAGCCAAUUCCUUUGCAUGUUGGAGAUGCGAAUAUUUUAUACGCUGAACCUUAUCAAUGCGCCAAUUAUGUACAACUAAACGAUGAAGUAUGGAAGACCGAAGAGUAUGCAGCUAUUAAUAGAAAAUAUAAAUCCACGUAUGAAUAUAUUUCUAAACAUUCUGGUGAAAAUGUAACUGACGCCCUUACUACAUGGAAUGUGUUUGACUGCCUAGAAGUUGAAUCUAAAAUUGGACUUGAGCUCCCGGAAUGGACAAGUUCGAUUUAUCCGGAACCUAUAACUUAUCUAAAUGCAAUAAGUGCAGGAAGACUCUUAAACGAAAUUAUUACGUAUUUUGACGCAAUGGCUUCUAAGACUCAGUCGACGCCCAAGCUUGUAACAUAUAGUGCCCACGAUACGAACAUUGCGGCAAUUUUAAAUUCUUUAGGAGCUUUUGAUACCCCUUACGUUCCAACAUUUGCAAGUUCUCUAUGGAUGGAACUUAAAGAAGAAUCGGGCAAUUUUUAUGUAAAUAUAUACAGUAGAGAUGGUUCGGAUGAUCUAAAACAAAUCACAGUUAAAAAUUGUAAUGCAGAUUGCCCACUUGAUAAGUUUAAAUUAUCGUUAGCAGAUAUUGUGAUUAUUAGGCAUGGGGAAAGAACACCAACAAAUUUUUACAAAAAUGACCCAUACAAAAAUGCAUCUUAUUGGGAUGCACCUAACGGAGAGCUUACACAUCAAGGAAUGCGUGAAGCUGAAGAAAUUGGGCAAUUUACAAAGAGACGAUACGCUAACUUUUUUCCUAAAAAAUACGAUAAUAAUUUUGUUUAUGCCCUGACAACUAAUGUAGAUAGAGCCCAUAUGUCAGGUCAGUGUUUCCUAUACGGUCUUUACCCGGCUUCAGAUAAAGACAUUUGGAAAGAAGGUGUUAAUUGGCAACCGAUUCCUCUGCAUCAAGCUAAUCCAAGGAUAUUUCACAAUCAUCCUUACAAUUGUCCUAUGUACAUUACAGCUUUAGGUACAGUAUAUAGCCGAAAUGCUGAAGUAUAUGAUCCACUUUUUGAGAAGUAUAAAGCUGCGUUUCAAUAUAUGAGAGAAAAGACAGGUGAUCCAAUUAACAACUUUCUAAAGGUUUUGACUCUUCAUGACAGUCUUUACGUUGAAGAAAAGAAUGGCUAUAAAUUACAAGACUGGACAGAAGAAAUAUAUCCUGAACCAAUGAGGACAAUGGCAGCUAUUGGUUACAAAUCUUUAACUGAAGACAUUCAACUUAAACAAUUUUUGAGAUAUUUACAUAGAGCAGCUACAAAAAAACCGCACACUCCAAAAUACCGAUUUUACAGCGGUCACGAUACCACCUUGGUAGCACUAUUAAAUUCCUUUAGUGCAUUUGAUCCGCCUAUCAAGCCAGAAUUUUCGAGUUCCCUUUACAUAGAAUUACGCCAGAAAACAACAAAGGGGCAUUUCGUAAAUGUUUACUUUAAAAACGGAAACAAAAUUACACCAAUAAAAGUGAAUAACUGUAAAAAGAAUUGUCCCUUUAAAGAGUUUAAAGCAGCUCUACAAGAUAUUAUGAUAGAUGUUAAGAGAUUAAAGGAAAUGUGUGGAUAUUUAUCACAGGCAGAAUUUCAAGCCACUUUGCAUAAAUUGUUUUCUAAUGAUCCUGCUCCAACAUAA